UCGUGUUUAUUCAUCCGUAUAAUUCAAGCAACCACACAGACAAAAACAUUCCCAGAUCCCUUAAGCCUUUUAACAAGAAACCCAACUAGCUGGAAUAUACAGACAUUAUUAAAUGAGGCAAAAUGUUGCAUGUGCCUUUAAGAGCACUAUGUCCCACUCUACAUGUCUCUCUCUGAGCCUCAUAUGUGUUUGUUGGCAUCAGCUGUCCUCAGUGCUGAAAAGAGCAAGGACAUCUUUUCCUUCACUUCAGUGGGAUUAGUGGAAGAAGUGCCCUCUUUAUUCUGCUGGCUGCCAUCUCAGCGCUCAUAAAGGCAAAAUGAAAAAGAAGCUUGGAUGGAGAAGAGAGAGGAUCAAGAUAAGUGAGAUAAGUGACAAGUUUAGAUUACAGAGCCAUUCAGCUUUUAGUUUCUUAGAGUAAAGGAACAAGAACAAUGUUUUAGAUCCCAAGGGAGACAUACAAAUAGUCUGAUACUGCAGCUCCUCGCACUGUUAUUUUGCUGCUUUCUAAGUAAUGACUUAACCCAGGGGUCAGAUGAACAGUGCUAUAUGUGGCACUACAAUGGAACAGCAGCCUACUUCAUGCAGUCCCUCGGUCCAGAUCUCAUUGCCACUUCCAAAAACUGCUGGUGAGAACAACUUCAGGAGAAUCAGCCGCACAGAGGACAGCAUUCCCUAUCCGAUCCCAGGCUUGGCCGCAGACAUCCUGCACAUGCGAGUAAAAGGAGGAAGCAAGAUUCGCAGCUUACUGCAGUUUGCAGCAGCUCGCAUGCAAGGGGAAGUAAGAAACCCAAAUGGGAUGUCACUAAGACAGGUGGUCUUCACUGGCUCAGGCAGAGGAGUCACAAAAACUAUCACCUGUGUGGAGAUCCUGAAACGUAAAGUUGAAGGUCUGCACCAGGUGUCCAAACUCUACUAUAACACAGUGAAGGAGGUUUGGAAGAGUCCACAGCCGGGAGCACCAGGUAUAACCAUGGAGCGGAGAGUUCCUGCCAUCUGCAUCCUGCUAUCUAAAGAUCCUCUGGACCCCCAGGAGCCUGGAUAUCAGCCACCACAAAUCAUCAGUGUUCCCACAGAGAAUGCUGAGAGACGCAGGGGUCUGCUCAGGACGGCUCAUGCUCACUCAUCCCUGCACACAGCCAAGAGACUCUGUCUGGAUGAUUCGAGUGCAUGUCCUCCCUAAGCCUCUGAUUACUUCAUGAGAAAUAAGAAAUUUUACAUUUGUAUAGAUUUAAUAGAUUGUUGUGUGCUCCGUUUUAACAGCAUGAAGGUUUCUUGAAGAAAAUAAUAACUCUGCAUUUCAGGGGUUUUAUCGUGAUGCUUAUGUAAGGCAUUUAGCUACAAAAGUAAACAGUUGUGUCUAUAAUACUUCUUUUGCAAUACUUUGUCACUUUGUUAUGAAAUGUAACAGGUUAACAUAUGACUAUAACUAUUAUUAGCAACAAUAUCAGUAAUAGAUUUGUAGUCAUAGUGGGGGAAAUAUUUUAAUCCUGCUGAAUUUGUAUGUUUCCUUACUUACAAAGAAAUGAACAGUCUCUGAUUUUUAUGAAACCGAAAGGAUUUAAAGAGCUAGUGGACCAAAAUUCCUCCUGACAGGUCUUACUGCUGUGCUUACCAACAGUGAUUUCUCCACCAAGUACUAAGUCAUGUUUUGCUUGGGGAUCAAAUACUGAUUUCAAUCAAUGUCAAGCAUUCAAUUUAUAACUUUUAUGUACUGUGUUUUAUGUGGAUUUUGGUUUUUGGUUGAUAUUCUGUCUAUCGCCAUUAACAUGAAACUACCUUAAAAAUCGAGAACUGAUCAUUUCUUUGUAUGUGAACAAACUUCAGCAGGGGAUUAAAUGAUUAUUUGCCCCACUUUAUAAGCUGUUGAUGGUGUUUUAGUGUAGUUAUAUUAAUAUUUAGUUUACUUGCAAAUGAACAAGCAGACUCCACACUGCCCACCUGGGAAAACAGCUGGGGAAAGAAGCAUACACAACAACCUAUGUUAGACACUAAUGACCACUGUCUGGGGUCAUUCUGAUGCAAAAAAAAUCAACCAGUAGUCAUGAAUUUGGUCAUAGUCAUUUUAAAUAUAAAGAACAUUUUUUGCAUCAGUUGUCUUUAUUCUGUUUUCUGCCUCUGGAAAUAAUUCAUGUGCGCAAUAAUGGCUCACAAGAGCAUGCACUUUUGGUUUGUUUGACUGACUUUGAUAAUGAUGGUACUCUUUUGUAGUAGAGUCAAAUCAAUGAAAAUGAAUCAUAAAGUGACACAGUGGUCAAGUGGUCACCUCACAGCGAGGAGGUUCUGGGUUUGAACUUCCAGGUUAGUUGGGACUUCUUUGUGUAAAAGCUGUAUGUUCCACCUGUGUGUGCUUUCUCCCUCACAAGAGAUUGCUAUUGUUAGGUUUACUCUGAACUGGCAAUAGGUGUAGUUGUUUGUAUCUGUGGUAGACCGGUGACCUGCAUAGGUUAUGUGUAAUGCUCCAGUUCACCUUUGACCCAGGCUGAAUAAAUAGUAAAGCACAUGAAUUUAAUUGUAUGCAUCUUAUCUCUGAGGUUUUAGUGUCUGAUGACAUGUUUUUUAUGGAAUAAAAGCAGUUUAAA